AUGCCGGCGAGGACGAAGAGGGCAGCGACGGGCAAGAAAGGUCGCCGCGCGACAGCCAACAAAGGCCAGCAAGCCACCCGACGGUCUACACCCGAUCCUGCUUCAGACGCGCCCGCCGUCACUUCUACCUCGACGCCCGACACCUUCUACGAGCCCCUCGGUCCUCCACCCCAUCGUAGGACCUCCCAAGACGGCGCUGGCGCCUUCUCAGACCCAUUCCCGAAUAUUCCCAGCACGCCUCCGCGCAGACCUCGCGUCUUCGACGAGAACUCGCCGCCUGUCGUCGUCUUCAACACAUUCGAAAGGAAUAGUCCGCUAUCCAGCCGCCUCUCUCCCUCUUCCCGCACCCCAUGGGCAUCGGACGCGGGCCUCGAACGCUUCUCCCAUGAUGGGUCGCCCGUCAUUCGUCAGGGUCGCUACGAGCCGCCUUCUCCGUUGCAGGACCUUCCCCUAUAUCGCACACCCGAGAACAUGGACACGGGUGCCUUGCUGGAAGCCUUCUACGGCGGGCCUUCGACGCCCACCAGAGCAUCGCAUAAGAAGUCGCCGGGAAUCCUGGAGAGUCGCGGUGAUCGGCGUACUCAGAAAGCCAGCGAAGAGGCCGCAGUCGGGCCUCCGAAUGACGACCCCUUCGUUAUCGCGUCCCAGGAUGCAGCGCAUCUUGACGUCUCCGUCACUGUUGAAGCAUCAGAUGCUCCAGUCGACGAUGUAGAAGAGAAACUGAUCAACGGCGAGGAGAAAGAUCACAAUGAAGCAGCGGGAGAAAGCCAUGAAGACGAUGUCGAUGCGGGCGCUCCGGCGCACGGGACGAAGGAAGAUGCUACAGACAUCAUUGUGCUUCCUACAACCGCUCCGGUCACAGACGCUUCAAGCCUCACGACGGUGAUAGAGCCUACUGAAGUGCGCGGAGCUUCACCCUUACCUGGUUCGCUGCCUGCGCUUGAACCUGGUCCCUCGAAAGCGCGCGCGACGCCCAAGCCCGUUGAGAUCAAGCUACUUGCACCUCGUCCGGCCGAGGGACACGUUCUCGAAGGCGAACUCGAUGGCACUGUCCAACACACCGACUACCAGCAGGAGUCGAGCGACCGCAGCGACCAUCGAAAGGAUGAGUUGCCGACGAGGCGCGAUGAGGUUGUGGUCCCCUAUGAUCAAGCGCGAAGCAGGCGCAAGCGUACACGUUCUCGAUCGAAAGACGGAGAGCGCGACGAUCAAGCGUCCUUGAACGAGGACGACAAGCGUCGCAGGGUGCAGAAGCGCCUCCGCAAGGAGCAGGAUGGGCAUGUUCAGGCUGGGCCUGUAGCGCCGGGCACAUUGAGAUCACCUCGGGCAUAUAGUAUGGCCGCUGCGGAGCAGCAGCAACCGGAGGAUGUGCAGGAUGCUCGUGAUGAUGCUCAUGCGAGCGCCCCUCGGUUACGUACGACGACACGACCUCCUCUUCACGACGACGAAGCUCAGCAUCGACUUGUCUCGGCGCACGCUCCAGCGCCAGUUCAGCUUCCGCCGCCGCCGCCGCAUCAUCAACAACAACAUCAGCAGCAGCAGUCAAAUUACGGACCAGCGCCUUUCGCCCAAGCGCCAGCUCAAUGCCAGCUGCAACAGGCGCCUGGUUUUGUCUACAACCCACACCCCUUCGAAGUGUACUAUCCCCAGCUCGGUUAUGGGGUCUACUACCCCCCGGGAUGGUACGAUUCUUGUAUUCUGCCGAAUUCGCCAUUCCCCGUCCCUCAACCACAAGGCUACGGCGUCCAGAACGCUCCACUACGACAGUGGGCGCCCCAGCACCAGCUGCAUGCACACCAUAGCGCGCACACGCACUCAGUCGGUGCUCACCAGAUGCCCCUUGCGGACCAGGUCGUGCAAGGCGCUCAGCUCAGUGUCGCUGCUCCGCAGCAGCCUCAGCUGGCGUCGACCACCCAGCCCGCGGCUCCCGCGGCCGCUCAGCCUACUCCAGCAGCGCCCGCGACCCUGUCCUUCGCGAACGGCGCGCCUCCUGCCGUCCAUCCACCGCCCGCUGGAAUACUCUGCAAGUGGCACGCCCGCUGCACAUACGUGUUCGAUACCUCACUCUCGGACGACGACCUAAAAGCGGCCGUCCAAAAGCACUUCGAAACCGAGAUCAAGGGCAAAUGGGUGGAGGUGCAGGAACCCGGCAGGCGCAGGCGCAGGGAGCAAGUCGAGGUUGGUGAGUGGGAGACACCGACUGUCUGCGCUUGGGGUGGUGUGGGGACCUCGUCUUGUUUCAUGAACAGUCAGGAUCCGCAAAGGGGCGGGGCGAGGAAGGCAACGGCCAUGGUCAAACACAUUGGUCGCUAUCACCUUGGUAGGCCGCAUUGGCGUUAG